AUGCGGUACCCUCCACAUUGGUAUCCGGCCCAAGAACAGUUCAUGCCCUUCACCAGUAUGCAGGGGCACCAAGGAAUUGGAGUACAAGCUGGUGUAACAAACCAGGGAUUUGCACCGGCAGGUACAAAUGUUCAACCGGCAGCUCUGGGCGAAAUGGUUCCAGAAAAUAAUGCUGGUAGAAAUCAAUCACAGUUAUGGUCAGAAGACGAGAUCAAAGAGGGUAACCUCCAACUCGCAGAGAGCACGCCGAACACAAAAGCAGUCCCUGAAGACAGUAACAAGUUCAGCAGUUUUUAUUCGUCUGGCUAUGUUACGGCUAACCAGUCUGUGGAAGUCAGCCCGGCCAGAGUACCUGUGAAGCAGCAGAUUGAUAUACCUGUUCAUUCACCCAACAAUCAGACAAGGGCAGGUAAUGUCACGUCUCGGGCCUCUGGUUCCCGCACUUCAUCCAUCAGCUCUGCGACAAACAAGGGCUCAUUCCGCGCCAACAUGAGCUUCAGUCACAUGCAGGACAGCCUCUCAUCUGAUCUACAGUCCGAGAUGGAUGAGAUUUGGAUGGACCUGAACAACGUCUCUAAGAGGGACCUGAUGGCCGUAUACAAAGAAGGGGUACAAGAACGAGAUAAGUUAAGGUCGACGAUGAUUCAGUGUCAAGACAGUGCUUCCCGACGUAUCUCGGAGAUGAAAAAACAGAUAGCCAUGGAACAGCAUGCAAAGACAGACCUGGUGGUGAGAGUCAACCAGGAAAUAGAGGACAAAGUAGAGAUUCUGGAAUUCCUGAAAGAGAGCAAAGAACAUCAGGCGGCUAUGCUCACCGAUAAAGCAGGCGUUGAGCGAGAAUUGAUGGAGCUGCAAGUCCAGUUUCAAAAACUGCAGAGUUCCCUCGAGAGUAAGUUACAGCAGCAGGUACAACAGGCACGGGAGAUGAUAGAACAGUUAAAGAAAGACAGACAGAUGGCUAUUGCAGAAAUGAAGCAGCAAAUGCAUGAGGAGAUGGAGAGAAAAGAUGGAGAAAUCUUAAGAUUAAGGUCAAAGGCACAAUCACUCGGUCAGGAGAACACGCAACUGAAGGAACACAUUGAAAAGUUGGAGAAAGCUUCAACAAAUCAGUUGGAGAAAGCCCGUGCAAAUCAGUUGGCGAAAGCUCGUGCAAUCUUCAAGCGUUUGAAAGCAGAGAAGUCGGAGGCGAUUGCUAAGAGGGAGUCGAGACUGAAGGAGUAUGAGAACAAAAUGAAAGUGGAGAAGGAGAACCUGCAGAAGCAGGGCAAUGACUUCCAGAAUAGGGAACGAGAAAAUAACCAACGCAAACGAGACUGGCACAAAGUGAGGAAAAUUUCAGAAAGAUGA